CUAGUUUGCUAGUCCUCAUGUCCUCAAUCUUGCCACCUCUGUUUGCAAUGGUCAACGGAUCUCCACAUCACGUAGCUGUAACAUUUAUUUAAGUAUUUUAGUCCUGAUAAAUUUUUAUACAAAGUAAGAUAACUUUGAAAAUAAAAAUGGAUGUUUUUUUGAUGAUUCGGCGAAAAAAAAUGACAAUUUUCACAGAUGCUAAGGAAAACACAACAGUUUUGGAAUUAAAAAAAAUCAUUGAAGGGAUAUUAAAAAUUCCUAUUGUUAAUCAACAACUAUUCAAUAAAGACAAUGUUGUCAUGUCGGACAAUAAAUAUCUAUCUGAUUAUGGACUGUUAUCAUCAACUGCAAAAGCUCAGUGUCCAGCAUUGAUUGGAUUAGCUCUGCGUCAAGAUAAUGGGCAAUUCGAACAAUUGGAAAUGACUCCAUUUUCCAUACCUCCUGACCUUCCUGAAGUUAUGAAAACGCAAGAAACCAAUGGACAAGAGCAAACACCAUGAGGAUAUUGGACAAAAGUGAAGUCAUGUUAUGAAUUUUCCUGUGUAAUUUAUCUAAUAGUUUCAAGACUUCAAGAUACACUGCUGAUGUUUGAAAAUGGAUAUUUUACAAUGGUUUAUGUUAAAAAGUGUAUAAUAAUCCAUUUAUUAGUAAUAAGUGCUAAUAUGUACCAAACUAUUUAAGAAAGAAAAUUAUAAGAUCAAAAUCAGUCAUGUCAAGCUUAACAGAUAUAAUGUUUUUAAACUAACUGUGCUUAUAUAUCGAAGAGUAAGUAAACAGAUAUUUUAUAUUAAUAUUAUUUGUAAGACUUACCUUGACAACAUUUACUCGUUUUUAUGACAUUUGUGACCUUUACCUCUAUAAGUAAAAUGGAUAUGAGAAAUUGUACAAUUUUGUAAACUUUGCAAAUGUGUAAGCAUGUACAGGUUUGGUUUAACUUGUUAAUCUUAACUUUUGUAAAAUGUUUUUGUUACAUUUUCAAGUAUUUUAAAUGUUUUUUUUUAAUGUUUUAACAUUGGAACAUACAAGCCUAAACUCAAAUAAAGUAACAGUAUAAAAUAUUGUCACAAGGUAUUAGAAUAAUCAACACAUCAUUAUGAACAAUUUAAAUUUUAAAUUUAGUUAACCUUAAUUCAUGAAGACUUCUUUAAGAAAUUAGUAAUUUAUAACAAUUUUUUUCAUCGCUUGGUACUAAAAUUUUUGAAAAUUAUUUUGUGCAUUGAUUUUUGCCUUUUUUUUACAAUUAUUUAAUUAAACAACUGAAUACUUACUAGAUAUUAUAUUGUAAACUAAAUUAUUCAUUCGUUUACUGUGUACAAUUAAAUAAAAAG